AUAAGAACAUUUUUGCAAGACAUUGCGGGUUUUGAACGUCAUUGCUCAAAGCAGAGAGACAAUAAAUCGUGAUUUGCUGUAAAUUAACGUAAAACGAGUUGAACUAUGUUCAGAGCUUAUGCAUUUUUUGUUGUUGUUUUUUUUUAAAUAAAAAAUUGGGUCUUUUCUUGAUGAAUUUUUGUGAAAUCGACUGAUGAAACGGCACCCCCUUCUGGAAAAGACGCCGUCCUCCUCCCCUCGGUCCCUACAGCAGCUGGAUAAAGAUUUGGUCCAAGGUCACAUCGAUUCGCGCUGCUUUUACUCCUUUUUUUUUUUUUUUUUUAAGAUAUAGAUUUUCAGCACAAUAUAUUAAGCUCCCCCCUUUAAAUGCCCUCGCUCCAUCCUAUUACACGUUAAAUGCUUCUCUGCGGUUCAGCGCCGCGGGUCGGCGCACGCGGGGAAAGGGUUUUAAUCUUGCUUUAAUCAGGUGUCACAUUCACAGCAAUAACCAGGAAGGUGAAGUUGUUGGAGCGCUGAUCAAUGGGCUGAUGAAUGCGGCCAGGAGGCACCUUAGCUGUACGUCUCAUUCACUUUACACAAGUUUUCCACAAUGAGUGGAGGAGUUGAAUCACUAACCUUGUUUUCUAAGUCCCCGGAGCUUUCGGGGCCAGUCAGCAGGACCGAAAUAACUCCUGAAAUAUUCUCUAAGAAGGAGCUGGGAGGGAAGAAGAAUGGAGAUGUCCUAAUCUACCUGCAGACAGAGCAGACAAUGCACAGCGUGUCGAAGGAAUGUCUGAGGAGCGUAGUGUGCAUGGCCUCACUUAAGAGGCUGUUAAUCUUCUUAGAGCUGCUAAGUAACCCGCUAAAAAUCAGCUACUGUCCAGAUUGUUUCUUCCUGCCCCAGAUAAACGACUCAGACAACAACAAAGGGGAGCUCAAAGAAAUAUGUGCCGGGGUCUUGGCGCUUGCAUGAAAUAUGCGCCUCCUCUCCCUUGGGAGCUGUGCUGACAGAGCUGUGGAAGUCUUCGUGGGCCUCCACGACUUGAAGAUGUUCGGCAGCGGCACCAAGAAGUGGUUCGUGAGGAAGCAGAAGAAGCAGCAGCAGCAGCAGCAGCAGCAGAGACCUGGCAAGAGGCCAUGCACCAGGAAGAGGAAGAGAUGGGCGGCGAAGAUCCUCAAGGAGCACAGAGAGCAGAUCCUCAGUGAGCUGGACGUGAACGCCGUGCUGCCUUACCUGGUGUACGAUAAGGUCUUCUCGCUGGUGGAGUACAAGGAGAUCCUGGGACAGGAGUCCAGCAGGGGACGGGCGGAGGUGUUCCUAAACCACCUGUCCUCCAAGGGGCCCGCCGCUUUCUGCUCCUUCUGCUCCGUUUUGGAGGAGGUGUGUCCCCGCCUGCUGACCAGCUUCCUGUUGGAUGGAGAAGAUGGAGUCCCAGGACAGCGCAGGAAAGGGCGGCUCUCCGUCCCCCCAAACAGUCCGGCGGAGCAGCCUCCGUGUCCCCCUCCGAUGUACACAGAUCCUGUGUUCGACACGAGGAUUCACCCCAGUCCGACCGCCGGCUCCGUCACAGCAGCCUCCUCCGCGAGCACCGUUCAGGGUAAGCCAUCACUGCGCCGCAUCAAAGGCCGCAUCCACCGGAGCAAGAGCCUGGACAGCAUCGAUCUCCUCGACUCCAAUAGUGCAGCAAUGGAGGAGACAGUCAUUUGGGAACAGCACACAGUUACACUACACAGGGCACCAGGGUUUGGCUUUGGGAUAGCCAUAUCAGGAGGUCGAGAUAACCCUCAUUUUCAGAGUGGCGAGACCUCCAUUGUCAUCUCCGAUGUGCUGAAAGGAGGCCCGGCGGAAGGCCUGCUGCAGGAGAAUGACAGAGUGGUUAUGGUCAAUGCCGUCUCCAUGGACAACGUGGAGCAUGCCUACGCUGUCCAGCAGCUUCGCAAAAGCGGGAAAAUUGCCAAAAUUACAAUCAGACGAAAAAGGAAGGUGCACGUUCCCAUGGGCCGGCUGGGGGAGAGGGAAACGAUGUCGGAACACGACGAAGAGGAGGACAGCUACGACGAGGAAAUAUACGAGACGCGGAGCGGACGCAGCGGCGCUUACAGUGGCGUGGGCGGGGCCAUGGGCAGGCGCAGCGGUCGGAGCAGCGGGCGAAGGGACAGGGACCGCGAGCGCAGCGGCUCGCGGGAGAGGAGUCUGUCGCCGCGCUCGGACCGCCGCUCGCACAAUCUUCCCCCUCGCCCCGCCAAGGUCACGCUCGUCAAAUCCCGCAAAAAUGAAGCAGAAUAUGGCCUGCGCCUGGCCAGCCACAUCUUUGUCAAGGACAUCUCCCCCGAGAGCCUGGCUGCCAGGGACGGCAACAUCCAGGAGGGGGACGUUGUCCUGAAGAUUAAUGGCACAGUGACGGAGAACCUCUCCUUGAUAGACGCCAAGAAACUGAUUGAAAGGUCAAAGGGCAAACUAAAAAUGGUCGUUCAGAGAGACGAUAGGGCAACCCUUCUCAACAUCCCCGACCUCGACGACAGCAUUCCUUCAGCUAACGCCUCCGACAGAGAUGACAUUUCAGAUAUCCAUUCUCUGGCAUCCGACCAUUCCAAUCGCUCGCACGACAGACAUCGUAGCAGCCGCUCCCGCUCACCGGACAGGCGGUCCGAACCCUCAGACCACUCCAGACAUUCGCCUCAACAAAUCAGCAAUGGCAGUCACAGAAGUCGCGAUGAUGAACGGAUGUCGAAGUCUGCUUCAACACCAGCAAAGCUAGUGGAGGACAUUCCUCUUCCUAAACCGAAGGAUUCGACCAUUGCAAGAGAGGAGAAGCAGCUCCCGCCCCUGCCAGAGCCCAAGCCAGUGUAUGCUCAGCCUGGACAGCCAGAUGUAGACCUGCCUGUCAGUCCCUCUGAUGCCCCUGUGCCAAGCGCUGCCCAUGAUGACAGCAUUCUACGGCCGAGCAUGAAGCUGGUGAAGUUCAAGAAGGGGGAGAGUGUGGGUCUGCGUCUGGCUGGCGGGAACGACGUGGGCAUCUUUGUCGCCGGCGUGCUGGAGGACAGCCCAGCUGCUAAGGAGGGCCUGGAGGAGGGCGACCAAAUUCUCAGGGUAAAUAAUGUUGAUUUUGCAAACAUAAUCCGAGAGGAGGCGGUGCUAUUCCUUCUGGAUCUUCCUAAGGGCGAAGAGGUCACGAUUCUGGCUCAGAAGAAGAAAGACGUUUAUCGGCGGAUCGUGGAGUCGGACGUCGGGGAUUCUUUCUACAUUCGGACACAUUUUGAGUACGAGAAGGAAUCCCCGUAUGGGUUGAGCUUUAACAAGGGCGAGGUUUUCCGUGUGGUGGACACUCUCUACAAUGGGAAGCUGGGUUCUUGGUUGGCGAUUCGCAUUGGCAAGAACCACCAGGAGGUGGAGAGGGGCAUCAUCCCCAACAAAAACAGAGCGGAGCAGCUCUCCAGCGUUCAGUACACUCUUCCCAAAACGGCAGGAGGCGACAGAGCGGAUUUCUGGAGGUUCAGAGGUCUUCGGAGCUCGAAGAGGAACCUGAGGAAAAGCAGAGAGGACCUUUCUUCCCAGCCUGUCCAAACAAAGUUCCCUGCUUACGAGAGAGUCGUGCUAAGAGAAGCUGGUUUCCUAAGGCCGGUCGUGAUAUUCGGGCCCAUUGCUGAUGUGGCUCGGGAAAAGCUAUCCAGAGAGGAGCCGGAUCUCUUUGAGCUUGCAAAGAGCGAACCCAGAGAUGCGGGAACAGACCAACGGAGUUCAGGAAUCAUUCGUCUUCACACCAUUAAACAGAUCAUAGACAGAGACAAACACGCUGUGCUGGACAUCACCCCAAACGCUGUGGAUAGGCUCAACUAUGCCCAGUGGUACCCAAUUGUAGUCUUCCUAAAUCCCGAUAACAAACAGGGUGUGAAGAACAUGAGGACGAGACUUUGUCCGGAGUCCAGGAAGAGCGCCAGGAAGCUUUAUGAGCGAGCCAUUAAACUGAGGAAGAAUAAUCACCACCUGUUCACCACGACCAUCAACUUGAACAACAUGAACGACGGCUGGUACGGCGCUCUGAAAGAAACCAUCCAGCAGCAGCAGAAUCAGCUGGUGUGGGUGUCGGAGGGCAAGGCGGAUGGCACUACAGAGGACGACUUGGAUAUCCACGACGACCGUCUGUCCUACCUCUCGGCGCCCGGCAGUGAAUACUCCAUGUAUAGCACAGACAGCCGCCACACUUCUGACUACGAGGACACGGAUACGGAGGGAGGAGCGUACACCGACCAGGAGUUAGAUGAGACGCUGAACGAUGAAGUGGGUCUGCCCACGGAGCCUGCCAUCACCCGCUCCUCAGAGCCCGUUAGAGAGGACCCCCCUGUGAUACAGGACACCCCUGGGUACCCUGGAUACCAGCACCCUGCGCAGCCUGACCCAGCCGGCAGACUAGACCCCGCUGGAUUCAAAAUGGCCGCUCCGCAGCAGCAAGGUGAGGCUGCCCUGGCCCCGCCCUCGUUGCCUCCGCCGGCGGCAGCCCCCCCAGCUGCUGAGCAGCCUGUACAACUAGAGGAGCCGCCUGCUGCAGCCGCAGCUCCUCAGGCUGACUCCCUUAACAGCCCCAGCCCUGCCCCUGAGCUUACUCAGCCCCCUCCUCCACCACCUCCACCACCACAUGAACCCCACUCGUCUGGACCCCCUGGUCCAGAACCAAAGAUGUACAAGAAAGAUCUGUACAACAUGGAGGACCCGGUGCGAAUCAACCACGGUCUGAAGCAGUCUGUGAGCUACAGUCACCAGCUGCCGUUUCAGGACAAACAGCCAUACCGUGAAUACGACCACCCGCCUUAUGGAUACGACGGAGGCGGCUACGCAGAACCAAAGCCUCACAACGCUGACUCUCACCUGCACUACGACAACCGUGUGCCUCAUUACAAUGAACAGUGGCCCCCAUACGACCAGCAGACCUCGUCCUCCCAGCCCGCCGGGUACCAGCCGGGCCACCAGCAGCCCAUGGGCUACAGUCCUCGCUCCCCCUACGAGGACGCACCGGGCAGGGAGUACAGCCCCCCGCAGCCACGCUACGAUGAGGCGCCGGCGGUGGGCUACGACGGCAGACCGCGGCACAGUAAACCCGGGCCCAUCCGUUACGACGAGCCCCCUCUCCCCCCGCCAGCGAGCUACGAUGCCCGCUCUCCUUACGAGGCAGAAACCCGCAGCUUUCCCAUUAAUUCUCCUCGCUCACCAGAGCCGCCAAAGCACUACUACGGCGACUCUGGUCUGAGGCCCACCUACAUGUCCGGGCUUCCAAACCGGGGCUACAAGCCGGGGAUACACGAGGCUAUCAUGAACUCCGAACCCGCCGUUCCCCCGCCGAAACCCGACGCCCUGCCUUCACCGGGAGAGUCAGCAGUCACUCCGACCUCCAAGCCCCUUCCUCCUCCGCCACGGGAAGACCUGGAUGAAGAUCCAGCCAUGAAACCGCAGUCGGUGCUCAACAGAGUCAAGAUGUUCGAGAAUAAGCGCUCGGUUUCUGUGGACAGAGCUAAAGAGGGAGAGUCUUCAGUGCUCAGGCCUGCAGAUGUUCCUAAACCCGUGAAUGCUCCUGCCCCGGUCCUGAAAGCCAAUUCCCUGAGCAACCUGGAGCAGGAGAAGUCUACCUAUAGGGCUCCUGAGCCGCAGAAGCCUCAUUCGAAGCCUCUGGAUGAUGUAGUGCGCUCUAACCACUAUGACCUAGAUGAUGAUGAGGAGUACUACAGGAAGCAGUUGUCCUACUUUGAUCGGCGCAGCUUUGACAGCAAGGCAAUGGGCCAACCCAGUCCCGGUAUCAACCGAUUUCACGAUCUGCCCAAGCCGGCCCAGCUGUCCUACCCUUACACCAGGGUCGAGUCUGUGGAGAAGGUGAGCCCUGUGGAGAAAAGAUAUGAACCUUUGCCCCAAAUCAGCCCCUCCACUCAGUACGGACUCCCAGCUCCCGCCAUCCCACCCAACACUUUGCCCAAACUCAGCCCCGGCGACGCCAACUCCAUCCCCGAACCACUGAGCUCCCCCAACCCGAAACCUGAUCUGGCAGCUCUCAGACCGACCAGCCGGGACGAACCCCCGCCGGGAGGCUACCUGCCACCCAGAGGCCUCCCUGACAAAGUCCCCGUCAACGGCACCGAUGCAGCACCCCCGAAAGCGCUGGGCGCGCCGCCUUCGGCCAGCUACAACCGCUACGUUCCCAAGCCUUACACCAGCGCGGCCCGGCCCUUCGAGCGCAAGUUUGACAGCCCAAAGUUCAACCACAACCUGCUGCCCAACGACACGCAGGUGAAGACGGACCUCCUCGGGAAGCCCGGGCCGGUGAGCAACACCUCCGCGAAACCUCAGCUGUCACCGCAGCCCCUCGAUCACGACAGCGGCCUGGACACCUUCACGCGCACCAUGGACAACAGGCCCAAAUACCAGCACAAUAACAUCAACGCCAUUCCCAAGGCCAUCCCUGUAAGCCCCAGCGCCCUGGACGAUGAUGACGAGGACGAAGGGCACACGGUGGUAGCCACCGCCCGGGGGAUCUUCAACAGCAACGGAGGGGUCCUGAGCUCCAUCGAGACCGGCGUCAGCAUCAUCAUUCCCCAGGGGGCGAUCCCCGAGAGCGUGGAGCAGGAAAUUUACUUCAAGGUGUGCCGAGACAACAGCAUCCUGCCCCCCCUCGACAAGGAGAAAGGAGAAACGCUGCUAAGUCCGCUGGUGAUGUGUGGCCCUCACGGACUCAAGUUCCUGAAGCCGGUGGAGCUGCGCUUACCUCACUGUGCGUCUAUGACCCCUGAUGGUUGGUCUUUUGCUCUAAAAUCCUCCGACUCCUCGUCGGGUGAUCCUAAAACCUGGCAGAACAAAUCUCUCCCCGGAGAUCCGAACUACCUGGUGGGUGCGAACUGCGUUUCCGUGUUAAUCGACCACUUCUGAAGAGGGCGACAGCUGGCCUGUUAAUGAAUGUGAUAAACGGGCGGGGCCCUGCACGGCGGCGGGGUGCACACAGCUCAACGAAGUAUGAACCUGAUCCUCUCACGUCGUUUACUGUGCCCAAAAAGACUUUCAAAAGUAGAGAAACACUCUUUCUCACACUCACAUGAAGAGAGUCGGAGGAGUCCAGCAUCCCACGAGGCUGGACCCUUUGUUUAUUUCUUGUUCUUGUGUGUGUGUGUUUUUUUUUUGUUUUGUUUGUUUGUUUGUUUUCGGUGCUUUCAAAGCUUGCAAAACAAAAAGAAAAAAAAAAGCAAGUUAUUGAAUCUAAGGAAGUGAAGUUGAAAUGCAUGACCAGUGCUUUACGACUGGAUAAUCUCAUUUUGACAUUUUUAGCUCAUUUUUGUAAAAGGUAAAACAGCGGUGCAAAGAGAAAGAGGGUGGGGGGAAAAAAGAUGGAUUUUGGAUCCUUAUUUAAUAUCGCAGCAAGAUUUUUGUGUACUGUAAAGAAAAAGAAAAACAGAGAUAGCAAAAUUUGUAUAAGCAAAACCUUUGUUUGUGAGCUAAGUGGUCAUGCGUUUCACACACGAAGGACCUCGAAGGACUCGGCGAGUGGAAAGAAGACGUAGCUUAGAAAAUAAUGAAGAAUGAAACGUAUUAAGUAUUAGCAUCAGAUGCCCGGUUGUUUUUGGACGGACGGAGAGCUCUCCAGUUUAAACUGCUGGUUAUUUUUUAGGAAAAAAAAAAAAACAGAAAAGAAAAGAAAGAAAGAAGAAAAAGUUUUAACGUAGAUAAAUAUACUGACUUGAUUUUACAAACUCCUGCUGUCUAGAGAUCUAUGCAUGUGCUACGACUCAGGUCCAGAAGCCUGCUACUACUAAGUUCAACACAUGAAAACCCCAUCGUACACUGCAAGCAGUGAUGCCUUAUCUGCAUAUUAACUUUUCCGUCAAAAACCUUCGAAACAUCGGAUCCUUGUGUUAUAACGAUUAUUCGCAGGAGGGAAGGACAAAGGAAAAAAAAAAAACGACGACAACAACAAAAAAAAGCCGUGUUUCUGCAUUUCUCAUCGACAACAAACUUGGAUUUAGCACACACAGAAUAAUUGGGGCUGACGAUAAACGGUAUGCUUUCUUUUACUGCUAUGCAUAUGAAGUCUGAGGAAAUACACAACGCUAGAAGAUGUUUAAAACGUGGCUGUACAUACCGCUAGCAUAUGGCCUUGGUUCUCUGUAAAUGACCUUUUGUACAUCUUUGUUAUUUUGUAUAAAAGAGAAAAAAUGGUUUGUUUAAAAAAGAGGAAGUGGUUACAUUGGUUAUGUUUGUAUUCUGGUUAUACCCCUGAGCCUUGGAACUGACAUAAGCAGUAAUAAGUCCAACUUUUCUACCAACAUAUACACACAGACAGAUACAUUACUUAAGGCAUUUUUAACUGUCGGACAACUUUUUAUUCUUAUUUACAAACUAGAGAAGUGCUUGGUUUAACUGAUUUUAAAAAGAUGUACUUAAGGGGGGCCGCUUUGAAGAGUGGCCCCUUCCUUUAUUUGUGAUACUGGAUGCGGUAUUGUGUGCCCUGAAAUGUAUUUUUGUACUAAUAGACGAUUUAUUAUGGCACAUCAGUACUAUUUUUCUUUUGAUAUGAUAACACAGCUUCAAAACCAACACUAGUUCAUUUUCCCGUGUGGCCGACGUUCUUUUUAAUUUAUUUUGGUUUUAUUUCUGUUCAGUUUAUUUUUUUCUUUGCAACACAUUUCUAAGUAUACCACUGUAUUACUAAAUAAAUUCAUUUAUAAAGUAAAGGUU